AUGUCUCAGUCUCAGCAAUAUUGGCUCCCCGGCUAUGGGCUAUCACGGCACGUCGUCCUAAGCCAGAUCCAAUUUUUCUUGGGACCUAGUUCAUCCGCCAGACCAUAUAGCCUUCAGGGACGCGAAGGCUAUCUUAUAACUGGGACGCCCCUUACUCGACAACAAAUCGAGGAUCUAGCGACCAUGUCAUUGGAAUAUGAGAAAAGCGCCGCCAUGAGAAUGUCUCACAAAACUUUCAACGGGAAAUCAGCACAGUAUAUCAAUGAGUUGAUAAACGUUGGGGAACGAGAACGACCUGCCGAUCGAAUAGACGACCGUGAACGAGAAAGCGAGAGAAACAGAGAUAGAUACGUUCCAUCAGGCCACCGUAGCCGGCAGACGCAAUCGUGGUGA